UAUUUUACCGCAUACAUUUCCAUAAUUUUUGAAUAAUACUUUGGCGAUACUUUAUUAUCAUGAAUACACUUGUUUAAAAUGUGAAAAGUUCGAAUUGAAGUCGUCAUCUGAGGGCGAAGUGAGAGGAAACAGAAAAUUCCGAGCCCAGUUACAGUCCGUGAAGCGGUACAAAACUUGGUCAACAACGUUCCGCCGGGACUUGAUCACUUCGGAUUAUCUGCCGCCGCACCGUCCGUCCGCCAGCAGUAGUUCCACGGGAUCGAUCCAGAGUCCGCUUGAAUCACGGUGUUAAUCGACUGGUCGAUGAAGCGGGGCUGAAAUGCCGCUUCUCCACCGAAAACCGUUCGUCCGACAGAAACCUCCGGCGGACCUGCGGCCGGAUGAGGAGGUCUUCCUCUGCAAGAUCACCCACGAGAUCUUCCGCACUUACGAUGAAUUCUUUGAGAGGACCAUCUUGUGCAACAGCCUGGUGUGGAGCUGCGCUCUGACGGGCCGGUCGGCCCUCACCUACCUGGAGGCGGUGGAGAGCGAGCGGCGAGCGCGACAGAGUCUCCAGAACUACCCUCCCAACCUGCUGCAGCCGCUGCUGCACCUGGCCACCCUCAGCAACCGCUGCCGGCUCUCUGAGCUCUGCGAGGACGUCUACGUGUUUGUCAAGGAUCGCUUCUUCCCCGGGGAGGUGGUGGACGUGACCCUGCGCGGCGGCACCAGGCAGGCGUGCGAGGUCGUGCAGGUCAUCCCUCCCAAAGGCUCGCUGCUGACCAAUGGCCACGGCAAGUCGACGGAGCACGACACCAUCGUCAUCAGCGACAGUGAGGACGAGCACGAUGACUUCCUCAGUUCUCCGGUUAUGGUCAACGGGAAGAAGAAAAAACCCCUGAAUCCUUCUGCCUUCAAGUACUCGGUCAAGAUGAGUGACCUCAGCGAGCCCGUCACCGUCGGCGCCAAGCAGAUCACUCGGAAGAAAACCCUGAUGUCCAGAGAACGACUCAAGUUGCUCUUCAAGCAGCACUGCGAGUGUGUCAACGGGAUGGUGUCCGUCAAGGCGUCCACCGUGGCCAAGUACGGUCUGUCCCAGCAAACCUUCACCCACUUCUUCCCCGAGGAGCCGCCGCUGUUUCCGUCCAAGCCCUCCAGCUUGAGUUCCCCGGGACAGUCGCGUUUGGCCGCCGAGGAGAAGAUGAGGCUGCAGCAGCAGCGCGAGGAGAUGGCCGCCGCCGGCCACGAGCGCGCUCAGUCAAAGAAGGGCAAGGAGGAGGCUCGCCGCAAGGAGAGAGAGGACAGGGAGAAGCAGAAGGAGGAGCAGAGAAGGUGCUUCGAGGAGGAGAAGCUGAAGAAACGGGAGGAGCAGAGGAGAUGGUUUGAGGAGGAAAAGCAGAAGAGGAGAGAGGAUAAGGAGCGCAGGAAGCUGGAGAAGGAGCAAGAGCGAGAGAAGUUGAAGGAGGAGAAAAGGAAGUACGCCGAACGUCUCAAACUGUGGAACAAGCCCAGAGAGGACUUGGAGUGUGAGGAUCUGAAGGAGCUGCCGAGCCCAAGCCCCGUCAGGACUCGCCUUCCUGCCCAGCAUUUUGGAGAAGCUUUGAUGGUGCUGGAGUUCCUGCAGGCCUUCGGCGACGUCUUUGACCUGAAGGACGAGUUUCCUGAAGGAGUCUCUCUGGAGACCCUGGAGGAGGCCCUGGUGGGUUCUGACCCAGAAGGUCCUCUGUGUGAGAUGCUCUUCUUCUUCCUGUCCGCCAUCUUUCAGGCUCUUGAUGAAGAGCGGGAGGAGGUGGCCAAAGAGGCUGAAGAGAUCGUGGAGCCCCUGGAUGACACCACGGACCCCACUGACCGUGCGCUCAGCGCCGUGGCCUCCCUGGCCGCCGCCUGGCCGCAGCUGCACCAGGGCAGCUCUCUCAAGCAGCUGGACCUGGACAGCUGCACGCUGACGGAAAUCCUGCGCCUCCACAUCCUGGCGUCCGGCGCCGACUGCAACCUGGGCAACGCCAACUUCCGCUACCGCAAACAGGGAGGCUUCACGCUGAUGGACGACCCGUGCGUGCAGCUGCGGCUGGCGGAGCCCGCGCUGAUGAAGAGGCUGUCCAGCAGCGCCGUCUACGACUUGUCUGCAGGGGAGAAGCUGCGGAUCCUUCAGGCCCUCAUCGGGAAGCUGCUGACCCUGGCGUCCAGCAGGGACCUGAUCGAGGACUGUGUGGAGGAGCAGCGGGCAGCACGGCAGGAGCUGCGCGAGAUCCGCUCAGAGCAGCAUCGGCGGGAAAGAGAGGAGGCGGCGUACAGAGUGCGGCUGCGUAAAGAGGAGCGCUUACGGGAGCAAGAGCAGCGGAUGAAGGACAAGGAAGAGAAGCUGAAGGAGCAGGAGCUCGGUGGAAAAGCACCGGGCAAUGCUGACGACGCUGAGCAGCAGAGUUUGUCCAACAUCUCCAAAGAGAGGGACGAGCAGCCGCCCUCGGAGUCCGGCGCUGGGCUGGGUCCUCCCGCAAGCCUGACUCCUGCAGAGCUGGAGGCCGAGCAGGAGAAGGUUCGAGAGCUUCAGGAGCGAAUCCAGAAGGCCGCCUCCUGCACCUGCCUGCUGCCGCUGGGCAGAGACCGCAUGUACCGCCGCUACUGGCUGCUUCCCUCCGCCGCCGCUCUCUUUGUGGAGGAGGACAGCUUCGGCCUCACGGAGGACAUGCUCCAGCCCCGGCCCAAGCCGGCCAUGGACACCACGGCGCAGAUGGAGGACGGAGACCUGCCCAAGGACGAGGUGGCGGAAGGGAGCGCUGGCUCCAGCCCCGCCCCCCAGCACUCCCACAGCGCGCCUGUCAAUCGUCCCAACCAGUGGUCCUUCUACAGCUCCCUGGAGGAGGUGGAUCAGCUGAUCGAGGCUUUGAACCCACGAGGUCAUCGAGAGAGCAGCCUGAGGGAGGCGCUGUUGCAGGAGAGGGACCGCCUGCAGCAGCUCCUGCCAUCAUGUGACCGCAGCAAGUACAGGCACUCGGAUGACCCGGAAUCGUCCCGCUCCGUCCCAGAGUGCACUGCUGCAGCCGAGACGGUGAUGGAGAGGAGGUUGUGUGACCUGCUGCUGGACAUUGAGGAUCGUGUCCAUCAAGGAUCUCUGGGAACUCUGAAGGUGAUGGACAGGCAGCUGUGGCGCUCUGCUCUGGAGGCGGGGAACUAUGAGCGACUGUGCUCCGUCGGGCAGCAGCUGGGACAGGACCACUCCAUGGAGGUGGAUGGUCACGUGACGGCGAAGGACAGCACGGCGCCGGGCAGUGGCAGCACCACGCCGCUGGUCCUGAACAGCGUGGUGGGACCCUUGGCUCAGGCACUGGCUCAUGUCGAACACGGCAUCGAGAGGCGUUUCCUCAAGGCUCCGCUGGGCGACGACGAUUCAAAGAAAGAGGUGAAGAAGAAGAGCAACAAGAAGAAGGAGGACGGCUCGUGUGACGAUGGCGGCGACUCGGCCCGCGCAGUAAAGACGGUGCUGGACCGGUGGAGGGAGUCCCUGCUGUCGUGCUCCAGUCUGUCUCAGGUGUUCGUCCACCUGUCCACGCUGGAGCGCAGCAUCCUCUGGGCACGCUCCGUCCUCAACGCUCGCUGCCGCAUCUGCCGCCGCAAGGGCGACGCCGACAACAUGCUGCUGUGUGACGGCUGCGACCGCGGCCACCACACUCACUGCCUGAGGCCCCGACUCAAGGUCAUCCCAGAUGGAGACUGGUUCUGUCCCGACUGCCGACCCAAGCAGAGGUCCAGCCACUUCUCCUCCCGGAAGCGUGCUUAUGUGGAGGAGGAUGAGGACGAAGAGGAUGAGGACGCAGAGGCAGAGGAGGAAGAGGAGUCUGAGGAAGAGGAGGAGUCUGAAGAUUAUGAGGAUGAAGAGUCGGUGGAGGACAGAGUUGUGAGUAAAAAGGGGCAGACUCCACCCUCCAAAAGUCGAAGCCGCCCAGCUCCGCCCACCAAAAGGAAAGGCCAACCAACUCCUCCUCCUCCUCCUCCUCCUCCCAAGGGCAAAGGUCAGAGUGGUACACCCAAGACGAAGAAAGCUGCAGACUUCAAAACCCCCACGCCCACCAAGUCCUCAGGGAAGAAAACACCUCCAUCCAAGGCUCCGUCCUCUUCCGGCAAAGCUCCCACCCGCGCCAGCUCUCGGAACAGUACCUCCAGCCUGGGGCUCCCGGCUCCCUCCAGCAACACUCCAGACAGUCAAGACUCACGGAGGCGAACAGGGAGAGAGGAUUCUCCACGAUCCAGUGGCCCCAAACCUGUCCUCCCGUCCUCGUCCUCCUCAUCCAGCCGACGCUCCUCCGGCAGGAACCACGGCGUCCACGAGCUGUCGGCAUGCGAACACCUCAUCGUGGAUCUUGUUCGGCACGACGACAGCUGGCCCUUCAUGAAGCUGGUGUCCAGGACUCAGGUCCCGGACUACUACGACAUCAUCACCAAGCCGAUCGCGCUCAGCACCAUCAGGGAGAAAGUCAACAAUUGUGAAUACCAGACGGCAGACGAGUUUGUUUCCGACGUGGACCUGAUGUUCUCCAACUGCCUGCAGUACAACCCGCGCCACACCAGCGAGGCCAAGGCCGGCCAGCGGCUGCAGCACUUCUUCCACUCGCAGCUCAGCAGACUGGGCCUGGCGCCGCCCGCCAAGCGCCCGCGCACCUGAGCCACGUCCUGCUCAUGUCCCUAUUUGGGAAUCCCCGUCUGAACACGCGGGUCAAGGGUCACACUGGGCUGUCCUCGUCAUUUCGCUCUCUUGUUGACCUUCUAAUUUAUGAAUCUCUGCUUUGUUCUCCUGUCUGACCUUCCACCUGCUGACGCUCAGGGAGUUCCCCUGCUGCCAGACACUGGCCAGUCCAAGCCUCCGUUCCUGUAGCUUUGUUUUCAGUUUCGAUCCUUUCCUCCGGUGAUGUUUUCCUCUGCGAGCCCUGCUGCUGCAGUGUGAAGCGUUUCACACCAAUACAGCAGACAAGGAGCAGACGUGUUGGAUGGCUCUGGCUCUUCUAGUUUACAGUUCACCGUUCAUUCCUCCUCAGUCUCAUGUCCACUGCAUAUUUAUUUAGCUUCCCUCGUCUUAUUUAUGACGAAAUUCCCGCUGACUCUCUCUCCCUUGUAUAAAAAAAAUAAAGUUUUAUACGUCAAGACUUGUACUGGAUAUCCAGUGUGUCUGACAGGACUUUUGUAUGUAGCCAUUGGUUUUACAA